CUGCACCACGCAGCUUGAGGGAUCUUGGUUCCACCACCAGAGAUUGAACCUGAGCCCUGGCAGUGGAAGCACCAGUCCUAACUGCUGGACCACCAGGGAGUUCCUAUAGGAGAGGCGCUCGGAAUGAAGAUUGUCCCGCUUCGCUCUCCGUCCGCCGCCAGGCGCUAGCGUGUGUGCGGAGCCCGGCGUCCUGGGAGCCGGCAGCGAUGGCGUUCCGGUGUCAGCGGGACAGCUAUGCCAGGGAGUUCACCACCACCGUGGUCUCCUGCCGUCCUGCGGAGUUGCAGACCGAAGGAAGCAACGGCAAGAAGGAAGUGCUGAGCGGUUUCCAAGUGGUGCUGGAAGACACACUGCUUUUCCCCGAGGGUGGGGGACAGCCUGAUGACCGUGGUACAAUCAAUGACAUCUCUGUGCUGAGAGUGACCCGCCGGGGUGCCCAGGCUGAUCAUUUCACCCAGACACCUCUGACCCCUGGGACCGAGGUCCAGGUCCGGGUGGACUGGGAACGGAGGUUUGACCACAUGCAGCAGCAUUCAGGGCAGCAUCUCAUCACCGCGGUUGCUGAUAAUCUGUUUGGGCUGAAGACAACAUCAUGGGAGUUAGGGCGACUCCGGAGUGUCAUCGAGCUGGACAGCCCCUCUGUGACUGCAGAGCAAGUGGCUACCAUUGAGCAGAGUGUCAAUGAAAAAAUCAGAGAUCGGCUGCCCGUGUAUGUGCGAGAACUGAGCCUGGAUGAUCCCGAGGUGGAGCAGGUGAGGGGCCGGGGUUUGCCGGAUGAUCAUGCUGGGCCUGUUCGAGUCGUUACCAUCAAGAGCGUCGAUUCCAACAUGUGCUGUGGGACCCACGUGAGCAAUCUCAGUGACCUUCAGGUCAUUAAAAUUCUGGGCACUGAGAAGGGGAAAAAGAACAAAACCAACCUGAUCUUUCUGGCUGGGAACCGGGUGCUGAAGUGGAUGGAGAGGAGUCACAGCACUGAGAAAGCACUGACAGCUCUGCUGAAGUGUGGAGCAGAGGAUCACGUGGAAGCAGUGAAAAAGCUACAGAACUCCAGCAGGCUCCUGCAGAAGAACAACUUGAAUCUGCUCAGAGACCUGGCUGUGCAUAUUGCCCACAGCCUCAGAAACAGCCCAGACUGGGGAGGCGUGGUCAUGUUACACAGGAAGGAGGGCGAUUCUGAGUUCAUGAAUAUCAUUGCCAAUGAGAUCGGGUCAGAGGAGACCCUCCUGUUCUUAACUGUGGGCGAUGAGAAAGGUGCUGGGCUCUUCUUGCUGGCAGGGCCAGCUGAGGCUGUGGAGACCCUGGGGCCCAGGGUGGCUGAGGUGCUGGAAGGCAAGGGAGCGGGGAAGAAAGGCCGCUUUCAGGGCAAGGCCACCAAGAUGAGCCGGCGGGCAGAGGUGGAGGCGCUUCUCCAGGACUACAUCAGCACGCAGAGUGCAGAGGAGUGAGGGCUCGGGGGCCUCCCUGGUCGUCCGUUGACAGCGAUCCUCCUGUGACCACAGAAGGAGGCUCUUGGACAAUAAAAUAGUUUGACUGGAAAUGAUUGUGGUACCAUGUAUGAGUAGUGAUGAAUUUAUACAGUAUAUUCCAGUGUGCUUAUACGAUCAGUGUCUUUGUGAAUAAACAGCUUUCU